GCAAGAUGGCCGAGCGGUCUAAGGCGCCACGUUAAGGAAUCCACCCUUAAUCUCAGUAUCCGUGGUCCGAAAGGGCGUGGGUUCGAAUCCCACUCUUGUCAAACACCUCUUUUUUUGUCGUUUUCUACUCUGUUUGUUACUCAUGCAAAUGAGAAUCAGCAGCCGCUUGUGCAUUCUUUUUGGUUUCUUUCCUUUCGCCUUAUCUCUCUUUUUGUCUCAUCUUAAUAUUUGGCCGAUGUUGAGACGAAAUCCAAGCUCAGCAGAACUCGGCUCGACCCCUCCGCGUAGGGACAUGAUUAAACCGCAGCUACAUGCAACUAUUCAUGUACAGCGAGGAAUUCGAACGCAUCAGCGCCAACUGAGUGGCCGGAUUGAGGGUUAGUGCGACCCAGACCCGACGCUACGCUAAUUCGUGUCGAGCUGAGCUUCUCGAAUCGGGGAAGCUUGCACUCCGAUGCACGUCGUUCACGUCCAACGAGUGAAACUACUGAUUGCGUUGUCUAAGUUCAGCUGGGAAUAUUUUUAAAUGCAGAACUGCAUGAGGGUAUUAGUGGCGGUAUCCCCGAAUAGUAGCUUUCUCCGGCGUGGCUUAUCCGUGUCUGGGUAGCUAUAGCGGUUGUUGGUUUAGU